AUGGAUGCCGACACGCCCAAACCCAAGUCGGCACUUCCCACACACAUGGUGAACGGCGGAUCGCCUCUCCGAGUAUCGCAAGAGGUGCGCGACCAGAGGGAGCGCGAGUCGCUUUACAACGCCAUAGAGACAUCGAAUCGCGGCCGCCAGAUGGUCAACUUUGACGGGCCGGAGGGCUACCUCCCCGCAAACAUGGACGAUGCGGGCGCGCACGGCCGACACGAGAUUAUAAACGGCGAGACGGAUGCCGAGGGCUCCAACGAGGACGCCGUUGCGAAGACACCGUUGGCGACGAGUCGCGCCCACAGCCCGUACACCCAGCACCCCACCAUCGACUUUGACGGGCUUAGUUGGCCUAGCAAAGGCACGCGCGGGCGCAAAGAGGCCACUGAAGAGGAAAAGGCCCAAAACCUCACCAAGCUGGCCGGCGCUGUCAGAACCAUGCUCGAAUGUCUCGGCGAAGACCCUGACCGGGAGGGCCUACUGGACACACCAGAGCGCUAUGCAAAGGCCUUGCUGUUCUUCACCAAAGGCUACGAAGAGAACCUGCGCGACAUCGUCAAUGGCGCCGUCUUCCACGAGGAUCACGACGAACUAGUCAUUGUCAAAGACAUUGAGAUCUUUUCGCUCUGCGAGCACCAUCUGGUCCCCUUCACCGGCAAAAUGCACAUUGGCUACAUUCCAAACCGCCGCGUUAUCGGCCUCUCCAAGCUAGCUCGGAUUGCCGAAAUGUUUGCCCGCCGCCUGCAAGUGCAAGAGCGUCUGACCAAGCAAGUUGCUCUCGCCCUCUCUGAAAUGCUCCAACCACAAGGUGUCGCUGUCGUAGUCGAAUCGAGUCAUCUCUGCAUGGUGAUGCGCGGCGUUCAAAAAACUGGAGCUACAACCACCACAAGCUGCAUGCUCGGCCGUAUGCGCUCCACUGCUAGGACGAGGGAGGAGUUCCUAAACCUCAUCAACAGACGGUAG